AUGAGCAAGGCAAAUAAUAUAUUUCUUGCCUUGUUCGUCAUUCGAUUGGCGCAACCAUUAACGAUUUUAGCAAUCGUUUUGAUUUCCACUUUACUCAAACCAACAGUGGAAUUGGCAAAAUUCAUCUUUGCUCCUAAUCCAAAUCAAAUAAGAUCUAUUGCCAAUUUACCCAUUCCGGGUGAGGUACCACAACCCAGAGAUGCCGUACCCGAACCAACACCAGUCAUCGUUCCUGUUCGAUCACGUAGAAGGAUAUUAACAUUCUUGGUUCUAUCUGCUUUGGCUGGUACAUACUUUGCAUCAGGCGUAUUCAUCGUUUUACGUGCACUCAUUCCGCCUCAAACAUGGACACCAUCUCAUCAAAGAUGGCAAAUGUUGGAUUGGCAAGCAUUGUUAGGCUUGAUUGCUUGGAGCUCUGUGGCAAUUGCGAUCGCAUAUGAAGAGUCUACUAGAGGACGGGGACAUUAUGGUCGAGGUAAAGCAGGCUGGUCAGCUCUCGUCGGUAUGACGGGAGAUAUUACCUUACUGGCAUUAUACCUCAAAAGCAGAUCUGCACCGAUUGAAGAUCUUCCGAAAAGCAAGCUUUGGGUUAUUGGUCAAUUAGCUUUGAUUUUUGUCAGAAUUGUAUUGCUCUACCCAAUGGUGUUCCUUGCCUUACGUUGGGAUAAAACAACAUUCGUCAGAGCAUCUGAAUUGGCACAACAAAUCAACAAUUUACCCAGCGAUGUAGGAAAUGCGGAAUCUAGCGGAACAACAGAACAAACAUCUUUAUUGCAGCCUCCAAGCAGCACAGUUGGAGGGCUUCCGACCGCCAAAUAUGGUGCCACAAGUCUUGGAGGGGUUCAAGCUGCACAUGGCAAACUUAGCUCCAGCAGUAAUGGUCAGCAAAGUGGAUCAGGAUCGCGAUCCCCAAAUCCAAACGCAGCAAAUGCUUCUAUGGGAUUGACACUUGCAGCACAGCCUCCUCCGCCUACUUUUGGUUUGUUCUUCCAACGUGUUCGGGCUCUUUUCCCUUAUCUCUGGCCUUCGCAAUCUGUGCAUCUGCAACUUUUGGCUCUGUUUUGCGUUGGCCUUUUGGCAGCAGGUCGUUUGGUGAACUUGCUUGUUCCUCUUACAUUGGGAAAGAUUGUCGAAGAUCUCUCAUCCGAGCGAGCGCCUUGGUGGCAUAUUGCCGCAUAUGCUUUUCUGAAAAUGCUGCAAGGAAGUGGUGGUCUUUUGGCUGUUUUGCAAGCCCUUGCUUGGUUGCCGAUUGAGCAAUUCAGCGAUCGAAGUAUCUCAAUUAUGGCAUUCGACCAUCUUUUGCACCUAAGUAUGGCUUUCCAUGCUCGCAGAAAGAUGGGUGAAAUUUUACGAAUCCUGGAUCGUGGUGCAGUGAUUUCUACGUUCUUCCAGUAUCUCACCUUCAACGUUAUUCCGAUCUUUGUCGAUAUCGCAGUUGCAAUGGUCUUUUUGGGAUCGAAAUUCGGAUGGGCUGUGGGUGUGGCAAUCUUUGCGGUGAUGUAUUUGUAUACGCAUGUUUCUGUCACAUUGACAACAUGGCGUACAGGUUUACGUCGUGAAGCUAACAACAAGGACAGUAUCUCACGAGCAAUUCAUGCUGAUGUGUUGAUCAAUUACGAAUUGGUCAAGGUACAUUCCAACGAACCGUACGAAUUGGACAGGUAUCGAGCAGCCUUGUUGGAUUAUCAACAAGCCGAUUAUCGAGUUACAGCUUCACUGAAUUUGCUCAACUUGGUUCAAAACAGUAUCAUCACUUCAAGUACUCUGGUCACCUGUUUGCUCGUUGCCAAAAGCGUGGUUGAGGGUCACACAAAAGCGAGCGACUUUGUGGUGUUUAUCACAUACUUGCAACAAGUUUACGUCCCAUUGAGCUUUUUGGGUACCUUGCACAGGGUAUUGAUGCAAAAUUUGGUGGAUACCGACAAAUUGAUGAAUCUCUUGGAAGAAGAAUCAGAUGUGAAAGAUGUACCUGGCGCAAAGGACCUCAUCGUUACCGAUGGAGUGAUCGAAUUCAAAGAUGUUGUCUUCAGUUAUGAUAACAAGAUCGAAGCGUUGAAAGGUGUAAACUUCAAAGUUCAUGCAAAUGAGAGUGGCGCUUUGGUAGGCGAAAGUGGAGCGGGAAAAAGUAGUAUCAUGAGACUGUUAUACCGCUUCUACGAUAUCCAACAAGGCACAAUUUUCAUUGACGGACAAGACAUUAGCAAGGUGAAACAAGCAAGUUUGCGAAAAGCGAUCGGAAUUGUGCCACAAGAGCCCGGAUUGUUCAAUACCAGCAUUUACCAGAACAUCCUGUACGGAAACAACUCUGCGUCUGAUGAAGAAGUAGAAGCAGCGGCCAAAGCAGCUCAAAUCUACGAUCGAAUCUUGUCAUUCCCGGAAGGAUGGAAUACAGUCGUUGGAGAAAGAGGAGUCAAAUUAUCGGGAGGUGAAAAGCAGAGAGUAGCUUUGGCGAGAACGUUUUUGAAAAACCCAAAGAUUUUAUUAUUAGAUGAAGCAACAAGCGCAUUGGAUACCCAUACGGAAAAGCAACUGCAACUCGCACUGAAAAAUAUCUUGCAAGGUAGAACAAGUCUAACAAUUGCUCAUCGGCUUAGCACAAUCGUCAAUUCGGAAAGAAUAAUCGUCUUGGAUAACGGUAGAGUAGUAGAGAACGGAAGUCACGUCGAUUUGAUUAAUGAAAACGGAUUGUACAAAGGUAUGUGGAUGCAACAAAUCAAGACAGACGAAGAAGCACGAAUGGCGGAACAGGAAGCAGAGAUUCCCAAAGUAGAUGCCACCACAAUCACAGUGGAUGUUCCCCAAGCAGAUCCUAUCACUGCAGAUCUCCCAAAGGAUGAUGCACCAAAAACUGAUCUCCCCAAAGCAGAGCCUCCCAAGGUGGAUACCCCCAGAGAAGACGCUCCGGAGGAGGAUGUACCCAAAGCGGAUCCACCAAAAGCAGUCCCACCGCCGAAAGCAGAUCCACCCAAAAGCGAUACUUCGAAAGAUGAUGCCCCUAAAGCCGUUAAAGCUGACAACAAAAAUCAAACGAGUCAAAUCGAAUUCGUAAAAGCUUCUCGGCUAGACUCCGAGGGUCCGACAAGUCGGGAAGGAUCAGCUGCACCGAGUGAAGCUUCGGGAACGCCAGGCAAAGAAAGAGAUAGAUUCAGGCAUCGCAUCACAUCUUUAAUUCGCAGUCGGGCUUCAAGCGGUCACGAACGUAGUGGUUCAUCUUCUAAUCAUAAUUAA